AUGGAAACCAUCCAUACCCACCCGUCUACUGCCGCACAGGCCAAAGCCUUUACCGCGCCUGGUUCUCUAUCCUUCCCCGGGGGUGCUGGUGAUCUCACACCGCCUUCGUUCGAUGCUGAGAAGGCUAACGGCCAGAGACCCGUUAACGGCGCGCCUCAGCAGGCUGCAAACGGUACCGGGGUGACUCCCGCCACACCCGCUGCUACACCUGCGGCUGUCCAAGGAGGAAGUGGGUUAACUCCUACCUUGCAGAAUAUCGUCGCAACUGUCAACCUUGAGUGCCGGUUGGAUUUGAAGACGAUUGCCCUGCAUGCUCGCAACGCCGAGUACAACCCAAAGCGUUUCGCCGCUGUUAUUAUGCGUAUUCGUGAGCCAAAGACAACAGCGUUGAUCUUUGCUUCAGGCAAGAUGGUUGUCACUGGCGCUAAGUCGGAAGAUGACUCGAAGCUCGCCUCGCGUAAAUAUGCUCGUAUCAUCCAGAAGCUUGGUUUCAACGCCAAGUUUAGCGAUUUCAAGAUCCAGAACAUUGUUGGCAGCUGCGAUAUCAAGUUUCCUAUCAGACUUGAGGGUCUUGCUUCGCGCCAUCACAACUUCAGUUCUUACGAACCUGAGUUGUUCCCUGGUCUAAUCUAUCGCAUGAUUAAGCCCAAGAUAGUCCUUCUGAUCUUUGUGAGCGGCAAGAUAGUCUUGACCGGCGCCAAAGUCCGAGAAGAAAUCUACCAGGCAUUCGAAAUGAUUUACCCUGUCCUGCAAGAUUUCCGCAAGGUCUAG